GUCACUACUUGGGGGUUGUAAUUCAUCACUUGGAACUGAAUGAGAAAGCAGAAGUGAAGUAUUCAGAAAAGAUUUCAAGCCAACUUUUGAAAGUAAAGAAACUUAUAGAUGAGUUUCCCAGAACGAAUGUGGAAGACCAAGACAUUCUCCAGCUCGCUGACACAAUAAGAGUUAAUUAUAAGAAAGCCUGUGCAUUAUUGAAGAUACCUUCAGCAAACCCUUACGAUGAAGGGGUCUCAUUCUGAAGAAUCUAAAGAAACAAUGUCUAAGGUCCGCCGUCAUCUUGACUCAAUUGUUACAUUCCUAAACCCCCUGCUACCAUUAGCAAACUGUCAUAUGGUGGAGUUCUUUACCCAAAACCACUGGGAGAGACUCAUCCCUGGUAAUCUGAAGUCCUCACUGGAUGCUCUAAGUUUAAAUGACGCUGUGAAUUACUUCUGGUCUCUAGCAAAGGGACAAUAUAUUAACGACCAUUCCGAACUUGGAAAAUGGAUUGAGGAAGCAAAGUCAAAUUGUGUAACAGUCAACAAUGAGUACUGCAUAUCUGCUGAGCAGUUGAACACCCACAUCCAGAGCUUGGGUGGUGACAUCAAACCAGAAAUCAAAGUGAAGGAGUUCAUGAAUAAUAAAAAGAGUUAUGAGGUCCAAAUCAUGUCCCGCCUGGUAGCUUCUCUCUACGAGGCUUGUUCGGCCUCGUGCUGCGUAGAAGCCGGUGGAGGUCGUGGCCACUUGCCCGUGGCUUUGACCCUGGGCUACGGUAUCCCCAGCCUCACCAUCGACUGCGAUGAGAAGACGCUGACCUCGGCCGCAGAAAGGAUCAAGAUCAUUCAGAAACAAUGGCACGCCAUCGCAAAGAAGAUAAAAGAUGGCCAAGAAGAAAAAAUGUCUAAAGAAUCAAAUCGGAACCUCCAUCGGUUCGCAACCGCCUACGUCACCAGGCACACUGACCUGCGCGCAAUAGUCAAGGAGAAAUUUCCAGAAAUGGAGCAGGAAGACGUGAAGUUACUACUGACGGGGCUCCACACUUGCGGGAACCUAGGUCCGGCCUCGCUCCGAAUCUUCACCAGCCAGCCCUCGACGGCUGCUGUGUUCAACGUGCCGUGCUGCUACCAUCUCCUCACUGAAGACGUUGACAGCGAACUGUUUGAUGUCUUCCAAAAGGACUAUGGGAUCGACCAGGGAGGGGCGCAAGGGUUUCCUAUGUCGGAGCAUUUGAGAGGCUACAACCUGGGUCGGAACGCCCGCAUGUUGGCCGCACAGUCCAUCGACCGAGUUGUGCAUCAACAGCAGCUGCCUUCCAAGAGUCUACUGCACAGAGCCUUGCUGCAGGUGGUUGUUAAAAAGCUAUUACCAGAUUUCCCACUAUCCGAGGGCAAAUUAAAGCGCCUUUCGAAGUGUGAAGACUUCCAGCAAUAUUUCAGACAAGCUGACGCAACUUUGAAUUUGAACCUCGCCGAUAAAUUACCGGACACUUAUCUGACAGAUAUUUGCAAAGAUAUAGACUGUCGACAGAAGAAAAUUGUGAUGUUUUAUUUGCUAAGACUGUGCUUGGCUCAAGUUAUUGAAAGUGUUAUACUGUUAGAUAGACUUUUAUUUUUGUGCGAGAAUGGUUUUCAAGAUGUGUAUUUGGUUAAAUUGUUCGAUCCGGUAUUGUCUCCUAGAUGUCACAGUAUUGUGGCUGUUAGAUAGUAAUAAUAUCGUUUUAUUAAAGUAUUAUUAAUAAGAAUAAUGAAG